AUGCACGGUACUGACAGGACAGACAACGUGUGCCAGUGUAAGGUCGGCUCGUACAGGGAGUGGGAUGUUUGUCGUCAUGGGCCCGUCUGUAACCCGGGUACAGGGGCCACUCGGAAUGGAAUCUGUGAGACUUGUCCAGACGGGACUUUCAGCAAUGAGACUUCCCGUACUCAACCGUGUAUGGCAUGGACCAUAUGUUGGAAACUUGGAUUUGUGCAGAAGGAGGCGGGAACAAACAUCAGCGAUGUCAUUUGCAUAUCACGUCUUCCUCACAGCACACGGCCAUGGGAAAAAUACAGCACGACUGCAGAAAUAGCCACACUACCAGUAGCUGUUUGGGUCGGACUGGGAAGUGUCGUGAUGCUGGCUUUCUCAGUUUUCACCAUCAUCGGCGGCAUAUGCGCCUGCAAGAAGAAACAUGACAGACCAGGCACUGGAGUUCGAGACGAGGAAAAGGCUUUUACAGAGAAACAUCCCAAUGGCAAUGCACUACCGGAUCAGACAUGGGUCGAACUUGAGGAACAGAACACAGAGGAGGAAACGCAGCCCCUGAGACCAGGUGUUGGUGAUGAGGUAGACAUGCGGCCCACAGAGCCGUGUUCUCCACCCGCGGUACGCGAUGACGGUUUCAUCACGGGAGACGACAGCGACAGCGACACCCUGUCAGCACUGUCCGACAUCACACCUGCUGCCAGCGAAACAGACAUCAAAACGUCGCUGGGACAGGAAUUCAAGAACCCUGCAGCUAUGCCAGUCACAGACGACAUGAUCACCUAUCUCGAACAACAUCUGGGCAGGAAGUACCUGGCUCUCGCUCGGAAACUUGCUUUCAAGGAUGGGACAACCGGACUUCCGAAGACGGACAUUGACUCCCUCAAAACGUGCCAGAUAAUUGACGGAAUGCACGAGGCCAUCAGAAAGACUGUUGAAACAUGGAAAACCAGGAAUGGGGACUGGGCUAACUUUCAAGGACUGCUUAGUGGACUCCAUGAAGCCGGCAUGGAUCAUAUGGUGAAACAUCUUUGUAAGGAAUACAACGUUAAUGCGGCUACCAUUGUCGACGACGAUGGAAACUGCUAAUACGAAUAAGGAUGAUGCUUGAAACUGCAAAAAAAGAUGUGAAUAUUCGUUAAAUUAUAAUUUAAUAUACACUUUUCUUGACCCACAUAUGCUACUAUGCAAGGCGAGGAGUUACGUUAUGUAUGCCUGUUAAAGGUGUUAUGAAUUGUUACACAAACUAUUGAAAAUGUUACAAACGAUUACAAAUGUGUUACAAAUGUAAUACGACAAGAUAGUAUAUAUUACACAAAACGUUGCAAACAUGCUUUUAAUUAUGUAUGUAUGUUAUAUUAUUACAAAAAUUAUUACAAAUGUUACAAACUAUUAGAAAUGUGUUACAAAUGUUAAACAAAAAGAUUCAGAAAACGUUUUAAGUUGCAAACAUGUUUUUAACGUACAUUUUUUUUGCAUCUCUGUUCUUUAUUGAGUAUAGAAUACAUGUGUACAUAGAUGAUAAACCGUUACAUCACAUUUAUCAAUUUCUGUCUGUUUGAACAAAUCGUUCACUUAAUUACCCUGACAAAUUGUCUGUCUGAUACCUUUACAUUAAUGGCAAAAGAUACAACUUUUUUAACGUACAUUUUUUAGCAUAUUUAGCGUGUUGAAGUGUCUUUUAAAGAUAAGUUUCUGGAAGCAAGAUUAGUAUACGUAUUUCAGUCGCAGAUCUAUGUUAUUUUCCUAGAGUUUAGUACCAGAAAGGCAUCUAGAAGAUGUUUUUAAAAGAACUAUCUGUGUUAACGUAAUGCCUAGAAAAAGAAUACCUUACACUGUGAGUGCUAUCUAUAUAUUAAUUUCAUGGCGACAAUUACUCAUUAUUUUUUCGUUGAUGAGAUGUGUGUACCUUUUAAAAGUGGAUAUAAGUAGUUGCUUCUAUCAAUAAACAUAUCUCUGAAUAUGAUGAGUCUGUCAUAUUGCUAAAUAAUCUUUUAAUAUUUUAUUAAUCUGUGUCUUUUCACUACCAAUGAUAUAAAUCUAUUUGAAAACACAUUCUACAACGCGGGAGAUGUUCUAACGUGUAUUAAGAUGACCAGGUCAUUGUCUUUCUAAAAAUAAGCAUUGUUUCUGAACGUAUUAUCAAAUUUUCCUAUCAGACCAUGUGAUUGUGUUUUAGGCCAC